AUGGAGCCUGCUGAUAACUUGUAUGAGUUGGGGUACGACAACCAUACAUGGAGCCUGCUCCAGGACGCGAACCCUUCAUCCAUGGUUAACCUGUCACACCCACAGACGACCCUGCCAACCGCCAGGGAUACUCCACACCCACCUCUCUACAUCCUCGUCAUCACGACGGUGGUAUGUGUCUUCGAAUUCGUCAUUGGGAUUAUCGGUAACUUGUUAGUGGCCGUGGUGAUUUGGAAAAACAAAGACAUGAGAAACUCGACAAAUUUUUUUCUCCUGAACUUGAGUGUGGCGGAUCUGCUGGUGAUAGUCGUGUGUAUGCCUUCUGCUGUCAUGGAAUUACAUGCCCGUGAUUACUGGUACCUCGGCGAAUUUAUGUGUUUUGGAUUGCUGCCGAACAGUGCAGGUGUCCAACUGAAAGGCAGUCUUGUAGAUUCCUACUCGUUCGCCGAAAGUAAACUGGUGCCUUUCUUGGAACAUUCCGUGGCACACGCUUCCGCCUUGACAAUCCUGGUGAUCAGCUACGAGCGCUACUUCGCCAUUUGUCAGCCUCUGAAGGCCCAGUACAUCUGCACGGUAUCCCGGACUCUGAAGCUGAUUGCCGCAGUCUGGCUCAUCUCACUGAGCGCCUCCGUGCCCUUCUUCACAAUUGCUCUGUUCAAGGAUUCUCAGUACAUGAAUGGCACCCCAAUUAAGGUCUGUCGGCAGCCCCUUCAAACCCCUAUUCGCCGGGCUUUCAUCCUUAUUCUGAUGGUCAUCUUCUUCAUCAUUCCCGUCGUCGUUCUGGCCGCCCUCUAUGCGCUUAUCAGCAAGAAGCUAUUCCGGGAAGCGAUCUGCCCCGAGAUGCGGAUGGAUAAGCGGGCCAUGGCCACCCUGAUGGGUCGUCGUCAGGUCGUCGUCUUGCUCCUCACCGUCGUAGUACUCUUCCUCAUAUGUUCCCUUCCGUGGAGAGUGCUUACCACCUGGCUCGCCUUCGCCCAAAACUCCGACGUCGAAAAGCUUGGCUUCGAGGGCUACCUGGCUUUAGUGUAUUUUGCCCGUGUCAUGUUUUACUUUAAUAGUUGUGUGAAUCCUAUCAUCUACAACAUGGUAUCCACCAAGUUUAGGCGAGCCUUUAAGAUGGUCCUCAUGUGCCAAAAGAGAACAUUACAACGUCAGGACACAGUUACCUUCUCUACUGUGACGUCAUUGUCACGUCAUCAUUCCAGUAUCCACAGCAGCUUCAGCAAUUCGUCGCUGAGAACUCAAGAGGUACACGACUCGGUGAACAUGUAUUAUGAGGUUCCUGUGCGUGUGACUUCAGGCACGAACAGCCACACAACGCAGAGAAGGGUUGAUAGUGACACGGACUUCCCUGUCACACGAACACUCAUGGCCAUUCCGGAUGAAAUCGAAACGUCUUAG